AUGGACGAUCCUAACCUCGGGGAAUCCCUCGGUCUCGGUGGCCUCGAAGAUGACUCCCCUUAUCCGGAGGUCAGGUCAGCCGUCGCAAACACUGAUGAUCCGGACAUGCCUGUCUCGACUAUUCGGGUUUGGUUCCUCGGAAUGUUGAUGGCGAUUAUCAUUCCAGGUCUCAACCAGUUCUUCUUCUUCCGUUAUCCGAGUGUUAGGGUGGGCCAUUUGGUCGCCCAACUGAUCUCCCUACCAAUGGGUCGCUUCCUUGCACAUGUCCUUCCAGAUGUCAAAAUUUUCGGUCAUGGUCUCAACCCCGGCCCAUUCACUGUGAAGGAGCACGUUUUGACCACGAUCAUGGCGGGCGUGGGUUUUAACAGUGCUUACGCCACAGAUAUCAUUGCUGUUCAACGAGUUUUCUACAAUCAACGAUGGAAUUUUUCCUACCAAUGGUUCCUUGUGAUGUCCACACAACUCAUUGGUUUCUCCAUGGGUGGCAUCACUCGUCGUUUCCUUGUGUCUCCUCCCAGCAUGAUUUGGCCUGGGAACCUCGUGUACUGUGCACUUUUCAACACACUGCACUCUCAGUAUUAUGCUGGAGUGGGUGACCGGGGAGGAAUUUCCCGCGAACGUUUCUUCCUGAGUGUUUUCAUUCUGGGAGGGAUAUGGUACCUCGUCCCUGGGUACCUCUUUACCGCAUUAAGCGCAUUUUCGUGGGUUACGUGGAUUGCGCCUAACAGCUCCACCGUGAACACAUUAUUCGGAUAUUCUUCUGGUCUUGGAAUGUCACUGCUGACCUUCGAUUGGGCACAAAUUUCUUACGGCGGUUCUCCUCUUGCAAUGCCUUGGUGGGCCCAAGCUAACGUCAUUACGGGUUUCGUGAUUUUCCUCUGGAUCAUUGCUCCUGCUAUGUAUUUUUCAAAUGUUUGGUAUGCCAAGUAUCUCCCGAUACUGAACAGUCACGCAUUCGACAACACCGGUGCAAGGUACAAUGUCACACGGAUUCUUACACCGGAGAACACUCUCGACAUUGCCAAAUACAAGGCGUAUUCACCUCUGAUUCUCCCUAUCGUUUUUGCCCUUUCCUAUGGGCUUUCAUUCGCCUCCGUCACCGCUACUUUGACGCAUACAUUCUUGUACUUCAGGAAACAGAUUUGGGUCCAAAGCCGACGCGCGCUUUCGGAGCAGCCAGACAUCCACGCACGACUUAUGAGCCGUUAUCCUGAAGUUCCCGAUUGGUGGUAUGCCGUUAUCUUCUUUUCAAUGUUCGCCUUCGGUAUCAUCUCCAUCGAGGUUUGGCCAUCGGGACUCCCCGUUUGGGCAUUUGUUGUGGCAUUGCUGAUCGCUUUCGUGUAUAUCGUUCCUAUUGGAAUGAUUCAAGCCAUCACAAAUCAGCAAGUAGGGCUUAAUGUCAUCACGGAACUCAUCAUUGGUUAUGCUCUUCCCGGUCGUCCAGUUGCCAUGAUGAUGUUCAAGACAUGGGGGUACAUUGCCAUGGCCCAAGGCCUUAUCCUCAGUUCUGACUUCAAGCUUGGGCAUUACAUGAAAAUCCCUCCCCGCCCCAUGUUCUGGGCCCAGGUGAUCGCCUCGAUAGUCGCCCUCACGACCCAGCUUGGAGUUCAGUCGUGGAUAUUCAGCAAUAUUCAUGGAAUGUGUAGUUCCAAUGCUGUGAACGGCUUCAUAUGUCCUGGUACAACGGUCUUCGGGACGGCUUCCAUUAUCUGGGGUGUGAUUAACCCCGAGAACAUGUUCGGAAAAGAAAACCUUUAUCAUCCACUACUUUAUUUCUUCCUAAUUGGCGCGAUACUCCCGGUUAUUCCAUGGUUUCUCGCCAGGCGCUAUCCAAACACCUGGUUCAAGUACAUUAACAUUCCUGUCGUUUUCACCGGCACUGGUAAUAUUCCCCCUGCUACUGCGGUCAACUAUGUUCCGGCUGCCAUCGUUUGUUUCAUCUUUAACUACGUCGUUCGCCGACGGAAUUUCUCAUGGUGGUCCAAGUAUAAUUACGUGCUUUCCGCCGGUCUGGACAGUUCAGUCGCAGUUGCAUCCGUUCUCGUCUUCUUCAUCCUGCAAUACCCCAAGAAUGGGAGUAUCGGGGCAAACACCAUCCAAGUUUGGUGGGGAAACACCGUCUAUGCGAAAACCCGUGAUGGUUUGCAGGUACCGGCACUGACUCCUGAUCCUUCCACCGGUACAUUUGGGCCAACCAGUUGGUAG